CGCGUUAACAAAAUUUCCAACCACUCUCCGCUCCCCCAAAAACCCUACCACGCUUUUUAACCCAAAUUCGACGUAUACCUUUUGCUUCUCUUUCUUGAAUUCGGAUUUGACAUUCAGCCAUGACGGAGAGCACGGUGGUGCCUGAAUCGAUUAUGGACUCAGCGACGAGAACCUUAGCGAACGUAGAACAAGUUAAAGCCCACCUGCCCGAGUUCUUGUCGCUCUUGGACCCACAAGUCCUCGCAGAACUUCCACCUCUCGAACGGGCUCAGUCUCUUCUCUUGCUUGCCAAGGCCACCACCGCGCUCUUCACUUUGAGAUUGAGGGGUAGUGGAGUUCACCCGGAUGGUCAUCCCGUCAAAACAGAACUUAAAAGGUUAAGCUUGUACCAAGACAAGAUGGAGCGGUUCAUAGAUUUGGGUAAAGCUCCAUUGCGACCUUCUAUUAGCUUAAAUUAUCAGGCGGCAACCCGUUUUAUUGAGCAUUCUUUGCCAGAUCUAACCCCUGGGCAGAGGCAAAGCAUGAAAGAUAUCAGUAAGAAAGAGGGGACAAGGAUCAAGUAUUUAGAGAAGACUGUCCAAAACAAGAGGAAACAUCGAUCAUCUGAGAAACAAUCUGUUCAAACUGCUGCAAAGGAAUUCCUUGACAAAGCUUCCCGUGAACUUUUGGGUGAUAGUCAGGGUAGUUUUAAGGGGCCCCUACAGGUUGAUGCUUCAUGUUCAGAUUUACCAGCCUGCAUGAUAAUACCAUGAUUUGUCCAGGUUCCCCCACUCCAGGUGUGCCAAAGGCCCUAAGUUGUUAAUCAGCUUUUAGCGAGUAGGUGAUUUCACCAUUACGUCAAUCAGCGACAAAAAUAUUGCAUCGAAGGGACAACAUAGCUUCCAUAUAGAGAUUUUGCGAAGGAAUUACCACUUAUGUAUUGUUUGCUGAUGUGGUGGAAUGUUCAUGCUAUAACCAUGUCUUUAGAUUAGAACUUAUGGACAAAUGACGCUGAGACGACAUUUAACUUGAAGGAUUGUGUGUGUGAAGCGUUGAAUUUUGGUGGAGAAUUCUGUAUUGCUGCAAGGCUUAGUUCAUUUCUUGCUUGUAAACCAACAGUCCGGUAACAUAUAAAAAAAAAAUGGAAAGAAAAAAUGUUUACUUUUUAGAUUUUUUAGAAGAUUUCUUUAGAAAGUAAAGUGGUUUUUGGA